ACUUCAUCGUUUAUUUAUCGUUCUUAUAUUCAAGAUGAUUUUCACUUAUUUACUGUUUCUGUUGGUUCCAAUGCUGUGGCUAGAAACAACAGUUGCUGAUUAUCAUGAUGUCUGCUAUGAUUAUUGUGGUGGCACCUGUCGUGCUCACAGAUGCAAUGUUGGUGAGGUAGCUGCAGAAGAUCAUUAUUAUAAUAAUUACGAUGCGAGCUGUUCUCACUACUGUGGUGAGGGUCGUGUGUGCUGCGUGGAAGAUUAUGAUAUAUGUAAAUAUUACUGCGAUGGUACAUGUCGAGCUGGGCAUUGCAAUGACGGUGAGAUGUCGACCGGAGAUAACGACUAUUCCUUUUAUUAUUAUCAUUAUUAUUUUUAUUAUGAUAUUCACUGCCAUAACUACUGUAGAAAAACGGGUCGAGUGUGUUGCAUAGAAGAUUAUGAUAUGUGUGCUCAUUAUUGUGGGGGUACUUGCCGUGCUCAUAAAUGCAAUAGAGAUGAGAGAGAAGACGAUUACUGUGCGGACUAUUGCGGACUAAAAGAUCGCGUGUGCUGUGUGCCAGAUUAAACAUGAUAAGUUUCCCAGACUGAACAAAUGAACCGAUCAAAUCGACUCAACGCUAUAGACAGUAGCAGUAUAUAAAAGUAUCGUAUACAGCCCAAUUUAAUGUACGUCUUAUCUAGUGUAUAAAUUAAAGCAAUCAAAGCAGAUACAAUGUAA